CCGCUGACAAAAAGUGUAAAUUGAGCGCCAUUUUCGAAGUUUUGUUAUAGUUUUUCAAACAAAAGGCUCCCUUAUAUCUUUAUUGAUUUUGUAAAGAUGAUAGUUGGAAGAAUAUCUAUUGUAGCUCUUGGACAUAUUGAUAAUUAUGGACGAUGGAAGUAAGUUACGCGUAAGAACAGAACAAGCUGUCAUACCCGAUGGCAGUGUCGUGUUGCAGUCGUUCAUCGCAAAACUUGGUCAUCAUGUAGAAGAAAUCCGUGUGAGAGCACUGAAGAACAUUUUAUUUAAGCUAGAGCACAAGUUGGUUUGUCCAGCUGAUCUGGUUCAAGAGAGGCAGUUGCUGAUUAAUCUUUUAGAAUGGUUCAACUUUCCAAAGCCACCCCUCAAAAAGGAGGUGCUGGGAAUUCUGGAAAUUUUGUCGAGGGUGAGUUUACAGCACUAGGUGGCUGAAGCAUUUACUGGUAGUUUCAAUUCAUUGAUAAAGUGCAAUGCCAGUAUCCAAGCUCUGUAUUUGUAAUUCUUUUU